UAGAUCCAAGGUUUGGAUUGCGGGACACACUCAUGCUGAUGGCAGACCUGUGAAGCCCCAGUUUGCUGAGACUAUUGUAAGCAUUAUGGAAGUUGUAUAUUGUGUAUAGUUAAUAGACUAUGGCAAUGAAUGAUUUUGUGUUUAAAUGAUUGUAUCAGGAACAAAUACAGUCACUUGACAGUCGGAUGGACUCCACAUCAGCUGCUGAUAACAUAAGGGAAGAUGCUGUGAGCAAGGUUUUGGGAAAAGACAAACCUGGACGAGUAAGGGGCUUUGGUAGAGGGAUUACAGCUAAUAAGCUAGCAUAUCUGCAAUUUAGAGACGCUAAGAUUGCAGAAAUGAAAAGUGAGAUUGAAGAGUUAAAGGGGAUGGUGCGAGAAUUAGCUGAGAAGAAGAAAAGUAAUGUUGAUGCUGAAACAUCUGAGAGUAGUGGUGGAUUCAAAGAAGGAGUCAGAGUACAAAUACUGGAUUGGAUUGAAUCAGAGGAUGUUGUUGUUGGUGAAGGAGAAUUCUGCUCUGCUGAACCGAAGUACAAAAUUGGUCGUAUACCAAUUGGUCCUAAUGCAGUGGCUAUCGUAGUUAAGUAUGCACUAAGCGCAUCAGCUUCACUCUGGAGGCCUACUACGGAUGUGUUAACUCUUGAUGAAGCUGUGGGAUACAAGAUAUCUUGGCCAAUGGAUAAAGUGAUUUUGGAUAAGGAUCCAAACUGUUCUGAAGAUUUAUCUAUGGUAAAUUUUCAAAUCUUGUUUUCUUCUUACAACAAUUGAGUCAUCUCUAAUCAUUACUAAAAUUUCUAAUUUCAAAUAAGGAAGGUGAAUAUCGAAGAUGCAAGAUAUAUGAUUGGACCAAUGAUGAGGACGAGGUCAUUGCUGAAGGUCUCGUGUGCUCUUCAAAAUCCAAAGACAUGGUUAACAACAUACCUCUGGGUCCCAAUGCUGUUAGUGUCGAAGUAGUGAAGGUGUUCAAUGAUCAAGCAUAUUUGUGGAGGCCAACCGCUGAUAUGUUCUUGAUUGGUGAUGCACUUAGCGAGAAAAUAGCAUGGCCAGUCCUAAAGGUUGAAGUCAUGCCUACACCUGCUACAGAAGUAACACCAACUAAAUGUGCAGGGAAGAAAAUAGCAUCACCUUCGAAGCCAGCCAAGAAAAAAGCAGUGGUAUGUAAUUGACAUGAAGUUAAAUUUUUUUAUUUGCCUGAUGAUUGAUGUUGCGUCCUUGAUUGAUGUUGGAACUUGCUUCUGUCAUCUUGUUUGAGUUGUAGAGUCCAGGCAGCACUAGUUCGACCAGAAGUCCGAAGCAGAAGUGCACUCUCUUGGAUUGCAACAACUCUGGACGUAAGGUAGCUGAAGGAAGGGUAGCUUCAACGGAUCCGAAUGAGUUGUGCCACUUUGUACCCCUAGGUCCAAAUGCAAGCAAGGUGUGGAUUGAUGUGGCUAAGAUCGGUGAUGCAAAAGUCUGGAGGCCAAAUUCAGAGAUUGAAUACAUAUCUGAUGCAAUGGGUUCGGUUGUGGCAUGGCCAAAUGACAAAAUCAAGUUUGUCUAAAAUUGUCGUCUGAAACAUUUUUCAAGUUGGUUCUCAUCGGCUAUGUAUUUCUAGUGUGUGAUCGAAUGUUUAGGUACUUUUUUACUCGGUUGAAAUCAUGUAUGAUAUUAUGUAACAGUUAGCAGACAAAAAAACAAAAAUUAUGUGUUAUAUUAUGAUAUAAGGUUAUGUGUGAAAAUGUUUAGCUUGUUAACCCCUAUACCCUUAAGUGCAUAAUUUUACAUUAAACCAUAAGCUUUAAAAAUUAAAUCCACAGACGGGAAGACCAAAAAUUAAAAUCCUAUACCCUAAAGUGAAAUCCCUAAACCCUAAAGUACAAACCUAUACCCUAUACCCUAAUUGUACUUGAUUUCACAAUUUUGUUCAUUCUUAAAAGGAUAUUGUAAUCUUAAUUUCACAAAACUGAUUAGUUAUAAAUUUUAUAAACACUCAUUUGUUCAAACCCUAUACCCUAAAGCCUUUGUACAUACAAAUAAGUAGUAGUGUUUAUGAACAUAUGAGCUAGAUUGAUCAAUCUUAUAAAAGCUCACAUAAAAAAUUUAUAUUCAUACAAUUUUUUUUUUGUAAAAUUGGAAAACUGAAUAUUUGAUUUUUAAGAUUUAAUUUAAUUUUUUUUUGCUUCAAAAUCAUAUUUAUAUAUUAAUUUCCAGAUUUCAAACGAAAUUAAUACCUUGAGCCAAUAAGGAGUAACCUCCAAGAUUGCAGACGUGGCAAACCAUAUGCCGAUGGAUGUGUCUUCCCAACUUCAAUCUUAGCCAUUCUUUUUAUUUUUUGAGCCAAUGAGGAGCAACUACUAAGAUUGCACUCGGAUUAAUCAUAGACCGUCCGAUUUCUCUCCAAAUCUUUGAUCACAACCGUUCAUUUUUUUCUGUCUCUGUUUGCACUCGGAAAAUUUCAGAACACAACAUCUCUCUUUCUGUCGAAACUCCUUUCUGUCUCGCGAUCUAAAAUCAAAAAAACCCUAAAGAAAGCACAUGUAUCUCUCGAGCUAAAAUCAAACCAGCUGUUCCUGUAUUCUCCGAUUGAAAGUAAGCAAAUGGAUAAGUCGUGGAUUUGGCUUCCAAGGUAUAACCUAAAAUCCCUCGAUCUCAUUUCUACUCGCCGAUUGAAAUAAAGCUAACUUCUUUUGUCUGAUUCUUGUAGGAAUAGCCACGAGUAUUCAGAAGGAGCAACUAAUUUUGUGAAUUCGUCCGCAAAAAGAUUGGGAAGUCUGUCUGAAAUGCUAUGCCCUUGUAGAGACUGCCGCAAUCUGAGCCAUCAGUCACUGGAUAAAAUUGUGGAGCAUUUGGUGAUUAGGGGUAUGGAUAAGAAGUAUAAGAGUUCUCGUUGGAGUAUUCAUGGAGAAAAAAGAGAUUCUGCAGAAGACAGUGUUCUUCAAUAUGAAACAGAGGCGUUUGAUUUGUUUAAGACAAUAUUCUCCAUGGACGAAGGUGGUCCAAACCCGACAACUGACAACGAAGACGAUGAAGCACCAGAGGAAAUUGAGUUUAAGAAAAAGCUCAGAGACGCUCAAACGCCAUUAUACUCGGAUUGUCUCAAGCACACAAAGGUUUCAGCUAUCAUGGGACUUUACAGAUUCAAGGUUAAAAGUGGUGUGUCGGAGAACUACUUUGAUCAGCUGUUGGUUUUACUUGAGGAUUUGCUACCUGAAGACAAUGUUCUUCCCAAGAGUUUAGCUGCAAUCAAAAAAUUUCUGAAGAUCUUUGGGUUCGGCUACGACAGUAUUCAUGCUUGCAAGAAUGAUUGCAUAUUGUAUAGGAAGGAGUAUGAGAACCUAGAAAGCUGUCCAAGAUGCAAAGUUUCAAGAUGGGAAAUGGAUAAGCACAGUAAUGAGUUAAAGGUGGGGAUUCCGGCAAAGGUCCUUAGAUAUUUUCCAAUCAAGGACAGGUUUAGGAGGAUGUUUAGAUCACAAAGGAUGGCUGAAGAUCUGCGUUGGCACUAUACCAAUGCCACUGAAGAUGGUACAAUGCGGCACCCUGUUGAUUCUAUCUCUUGGGCACAAGUGAAUGCUAAAUGGCCAGACUUUGCUGCUGAUCCACGGAAUCUUCGACUUGGGAUUUCUACAGAUGGGAUGAACCCUUUCUCCAUGCAAAGCACCAAUCACAGCACAUGGCCAGUGUUGUUAGUGAACUAUAACACGCCUCCAACCAUGUGUAUGAAGGCUGAGAAUAUAAUGCUGACUUUGUUGAUCCCUGGUCCUACUGCUCCUGGUAACAACAUUGAUGUUUACCUAGCACCACUGAUAGACGAUCUAAAGGAUUUGUGGGCUGAGGGUAUUGAAGUGUAUGACUCAUUUGCGAAGGAGAACUUUAAUCUCAGAGCCUUGCUGCUUUGGAGUAUCAGUGACUAUCCAGCCUUAGGAACACUGUCUGGAUGUAAAGUAAAGGGGAAACAAGCCUGCAAUGUAUGUGGAAAGGAUACACCUGCAAGGUGGCUUAAGUUUAGCCGCAAGUUUGUCUACAUGAGUAACAGAAGGAGACUACCGCCUGGCCAUCGUUACAGAUAUAAAAAAGCUUGGUUUGACAACACUGUGGAGGAAGGGAAUGCUAAUAGGAUACAAACAGGCGCUGAGAUAUAUGAGACACUACAAGCUUUUACGAAUGAUUUUGGUAGACCUCUAGAGAAGGAAAAAAAAAGGAAAAGACUAGAGUUGGAAGAUGAUGAGAAGUUACAAGAAGAAGAGUGUGAAGAAUCAAAUGAACUAUGGCGGUGGAAGAAGAGAUCAAUAUUCUUUGAUCUACCUUACUGGAAGGUAAACUAUAGUAACUGACCUAUAUUAUCUGAUUACUGGAAGAAGAGAUCAAUAUGUCUAACAGUUUCUUGUUUAAUGUGUUAGGAGUUGCCUGUUCGUCACAAUAUUGAUGUUAUGCACGUAGAAAAGAAUGUGUUCGAUGCUAUAUUGUCUCUGUUGAUGCAAAGUGCGAAGUCAAAAGAUGGGUUGAAAGCAAGAAAAGACUUAGAAGAUAUUGGAAUCAGAAAGCACUUGCACACAGAGGUGAGGGGAAAGAAAACAUACUUACCUCCUGCUGCCUACUGGUUAUCGAAGAGAGAGAAGACCAUUUUCUGCCAAAGGUUAGCUAAGUUUAGAGGCCCUGAUGGUUAUUGUGGUAAUAUUGCGAAUAGUGUUUCAGUUAACCCUCCAAAUAUUGGUAGUUUAAAGUCGCAUGAUCAUCAUGUCUUAGUACAAAACUUGUUACCAGCUGCAUUAAGAGGGUUGUUACAUAGGGGUCCUAGGAUAGCCAUAAAUAUAUUAUGCAGUUACUUCAACAGGUUGUGUCAGCGCAUACCCAGAGAAACUUAUAUCCAUGGAGACAGAGUUUGUGGAGACAAUGUGUCAGCUUGAGCGCUUCUUCCCUCCAGCCCUUUUUGAUAUCAUGUUUCACCUUCCACUACAUUUAUCAAGAGAGGCACGGUUGGGAGGACCAGUUCACUUCCGAUGGAUGUAUCCCUUCGAAAGGUUUGAUCAACAUCUCUCUUCAAUAUAUCCACUUCCCACAAUGAUGUUUGACUAAUAUUCAUAUUUCCUGAGUUAUAGGUACAUGAAAACACUAAAGGCUUUUGUUAAGAAUUAUGCAAGGCCAGAAGCAUGUAUGGCUGAGGCGUAUUUAGCUGGAGAAUGUGUUGCAUUUUGUUUAGAGUUCCUUAAAGAAUCAGUACCAGUUCAAGAAGCAGUUAAUCGUAAUGAAGAUGUUGAGGCUGAUAGAAUGGUGGUUGAAGGCCGACCUCUGCAGAAGGGUAUAGAGGUUACCCUGUCAGAUAAAGAUAGAGACAUUGCACAUCGAUAUGUGCUAAUGAACAUGGCAUCUUUGGAUCCCUUUCUUGAGUAAGUAAUUCUCUAUGUUUCUUCUACUUGUUUUACUCAUAAUUUCAUUUUCAUAUACUGUUGUUUAAUUUAAAAUCAGGAUGCAUUUGGAAGAGUUGCAAGCUAAGGAUGCUCGAUUGGCUAAAAAUGAAACUUUGUUAUGGAAAAACCAUACUGAACACUUUACAGAAUGGCUUAAAAAUAAGGUUACAAACUCCAAAUUCUUUUCUUGAUUAUUAUUGUAAAUACUGGUUAGCUUGUUUGGUGAUGACUAGUUAGCUUGUAUCAUGAUGCCUGGUUUGUAUCUUGAAGAACAUGUCCAUAUUUUAGCGAAUUGAUGUCUGAGUAGCUUAUAGCUUGAUGAAACUGUCUGGAUUUUUAGUAUUUUUAUGACUGGUUAGCUUGUAGAUUGAUGAUUGGUUUCGUGGUACAUAUUAUCAUGUUUUGAUUAUAAUUUAAGUACCUCGGCUUGAUGAUAAUCCUCUGAUUUCCUGCGGCAGAUUCAUUUAGACUCAAAAGAUAGUCAUUCUAAGGAGAUAAGGUGGUUGGCAUUUGGACCAAGAAAUGUUGCUUUAGCACAUAAAGGAUUCAUCAUCAAUGGCCAACGGUUUCAUACUGAUGCGGUCAAGCUGAAGACACAAAACAGUGGAGUAACUUAUGAAGCCUUUAGCAUGUGUAGAUCAAGUGCAAGAGAUAUGAGACAGGUCGCGGAUAUGAUUACAUACUAUGGAGUGAUAAAGGAGAUUUUGGUCAUCGACUAUCACAUGUUCAAAGUGCCACUCUUUAGAUGCAACUGGGCAAACACAGCGAAUGGUGUGAAGGAAGAAGAUGGCUUCACUCUUGUUAACCUUCAUAUGAACCAAGCAGCCUAUUUGAAAGAUCCAUUCAUUCUACCUUCUCAAGCGAAACAGGUUUUCUACUCUAGGGAGGAUGAUGCUUCAAAUUGGUAUGUUGUUAUGAGAGCACCACCUAGAGGUUAUCAUGAGUUGGAAACAGAAGAGGAUUUAGGUGGUGCUCCUUUACCUGUCCAAGAAGUUGAUGAUAUGGGUGAUGAUAUGGAUGAUGAUAGUGUAUAUGUUAGGGAUGAUUGUGAAGGUUUAUUAGUGGUAGAUUGAUGAUAUGUUGUAUGCUUGUGUGAUGGUUUGUAUGAAUGUGAUAAUGUUGUGUUAUGGGAUUUGAAUAAUUAUAUUGAUUUUUGGAAUUUUAAUAA